UUCUACCCUCACAACAUCGAAACACAAAACAAACCUCCACAAUUACAAGAAUGUCCUACACCGUGAACGUUACUGGCAUCUCGCCCUCCACCACAGAGACACAGCUUCACGACUUCUUCACCUUCUGCGGAAAGAUUACCUCGAUUGACUUCGAAGAUGCCGGCUCCGAUGGCAAAAAGGCGAACAUUCACUUCGAGAAACCAAGUGCCGCAAAGACCGCGCUCAUGCUGAACUCCGGCACCCUCGAGGGAUCGCAAUUGACGGUUACGUCGGACGUGGUCCAUCAGGACGAGGAGACCGACGCUGCACAUGUCGAAGGCGUUCCUACUCAGGAAGAUAAACCCCGGGCUGGAAUCGCCGCUGAGUACCUCGCUCGCGGAUAUACGUUGUCCGACGGCAUUCUUACCAAGGCUAUCUCAAUCGACAAUGAGAAGGGAAUCUCGAAACGCUUCCUCUCGUACAUCAACUCCAUCGAUCAGACCGUCGGAGCCAAGGCACUUGGUCCUGAUCAGACCGUCUCUGGCAAGGUGCUAUCCACUCUGCAAAGCACCACCCAACAAGCUCGUAGUAUGGACGAACAGAAAGGUUACUCCAAGACCGCCACAGACUAUUACAGCAAGGCCCUGUCUUCGCCCUUCGGUCAGAGGGUCCGCGAUUUUUACACCAAGUCUUCGAAACAGGUCUUUGACAUCCACGAGGAGGCGAAGAGGCUUGCGGCAGAACACAAGGCCACCCAGCCUGCUGCUGCGCCAGGAUCCGCGAGUGCGGAGAUUCCUGGUGCCGCUGCACCGACAGCGGAGAAAGCGCCGGCGCCGACUGUUGCUUGAGGGGUUAUAACUUGAGUGAUAAUUGGUGGAUCUCGGAUAUGGACGUGUAAUCAAGAUGUGUAGCAGUAGUGACGAUUCUGUGAUGAUUAUGAUCUAUGUAACUUUUUAUCCUUGGAACUGGGUUUGGGCGGCGGCUGGGCUUAGGUUGUUAGACGUUUCAUGAUAAUUGAUCUCAUGCAUACAUCACGGCGACGGUAGCUUACCGUGGUGUGUCCCGC